AAAACAAAAACCAAAACCAAUUAAAUUAACCUCAAAAUCAAUCCAAACCAAACCAUUCCAACUCCCGAGCCGCUCCAACCCAAAUCAAUCAUUCUCGCGAUUCAUUCCGCGGCCUCGUCGGAUUGACGACGCAACCACCACCACCACCACCACCUCCCCCACCGCCACCAGCUCCGCCGCCGGCGACGAGGAGGAGGAGGAGGCGGAGUCCCUCCCAUUGUCGUCGUGGUUCGAGGGGCGCCUGGAUCUCGGAUGGCGUCGGCCAAGUCGUCGCAGCGGUCGAGGCACGCGGGCCACUCCGGGGUGUUCCCGGUGAGCGGCGCGGUGGGCGGCGGGGGAGGGGUGGGCGGGGGCGGGGGUGGCGGCGGCGGAGGCGGAGGGGAUGGCGGGGUGCAGCUCGCCGACAAGCUCAAGAUCUUCAAGACCGACAACUUCGAUCCCGACGCGUACGUGCAGUCCAAGUGCCAGACGAUGAACGAGAAGGAAAUAAGGCAUUUAUGUUCUUACCUGCAAGAUCUAAAGAAGGCUUCGGCUGAAGAGAUGCGCAGAAGUGUAUAUGCAAAUUAUGCUGCAUUUAUCAGAACAUCAAAGGAGAUAUCAGACCUUGAAGGGGAACUGUUAUCCAUUAGAAAUCUACUUAACACACAAGCAGCUUUAAUCCAUGGUCUAUCUGAAGGGGUUCAAAUAGAUUCCUUGACUUCAAACACUGAAGGUUCUGCGGAAGAUGAUAUAUCCAACGUUGAAGACCAGGAACCUUUAGAAAUUCAAAAAUGGUCUGCGGAUUUCCCUGACAUGCUUGAUGUUUUGCUAGCUGAGAGAAGAGUGGACGAAGCACUUGAUGCACUAGAUGAAGCGGAACGAGUUGCUUCUGACGCCAAACUAAAACAGACUCUAACUACAACUGAAAUUGCAGCUUUGAGAAGUGCAAUAUCUGAUAAUCGUCAAAAGCUGGCAGAUCAGCUCGCUGAAGCUGCUUGUCAGUCUUCUACUCGUGGCAUUGAACUUCGUGCUGCAGCUUCUGCUCUCAAAAGGCUUGGUGAUGGCCCUCGAGCUCACAGUCUGCUACUCAGUGCACAUAAUCAAAGGCUUCAAUGCAAUAUGCAAACUAUACAUCCAUCUAGCACUUCGUAUGGUGGGGCAUACACUGCAGCGCUUGCUCAGCAAGUCUUUUCGGUGAUAGCUCAGGCACUCAGUGACUCUGUAGAAGUUUUUGGUGAUGAGUCAUGUUAUGCGUCUGAACUGGUUACAUGGGCUACUAAGCAGGUUAUGUCAUUUGCGCUCUUGGUAAAGAGGCAUGUGUUAUCCUCUUGCGCAGCUGCUGGAGGCUUGAGAUCAGCUGCUGAAUGUGUUCAGAUAUCUCUAGGUCAUUGCUCCUUGCUGGAGGCUCGUGGUCUGUCUAUUUCAGCUGUUCUCCUGAGGCAAUUCAGGUCCAGUCUAGAGCAAGCAUUAGACUCAAACAUCAGAAGAAUUGAAGAGAGUACUGCUGCACUAGCUGCAGCUGAUGACUGGAUUCUCACAUAUCCCCCAACUGGCAUCCGUCCGUUAGCUAAAUCAUCUGCUGCUAAUUUGGCUCUUCAGCCAAAGCUCUCUAGUAGUGCCCAUCGUUUUAAUUCGCUGGUUCAGGAGUUCUUUGAGGAUGUUGCUCCACUGCUUAGCUUGCAAUUAGGUGGUUCUACAAUGGAUGACAUUACGAAAAUUUUUAAUUCAUAUGUCAAUUUGCUCAUAAGUGCUUUACCUGGGUCAAUGGAUGAUGAAGCUAACAUAGAUGGUUUAGGAAAUAAGAUUGUUAGGAUGGCAGAGACUGAAGAACAGCAGCUGGCUUUGUUAGCUAAUGCGUCUUUGCUAGCUGAGGAGUUGCUACCUAGAGCAGCUAUGAAGCUUUCAUCGAUAAACCAAUAUAUGGAUGAUCUGCGUAAAAGAGGCUCAGAUAAACAAAACCGUGUUCCUGAGCAACGUGAGUGGAAAAGGAAACUACAACGCAUGGUGGACAGAUUAAGGGAUAGUUUCUGCAGGCAGCAUGCUCUUGAACUUAUAUUUACAGAUGAAGGUGAAACUCAUCUCUGUGCAGACAUGUACAUUAAUAUGGACAAUACCGUUGAAGAGCCAGAGUGGGCCCCAUCUCCAAUUUUUCAGGAGCUGUAUGCAAAGCUAAAUAGGAUGGCCAGUAUUGCUGCAGAUAUGUUUGUCGGCAGAGAAAGAUUUGCUACUCUACUAAUGAUGCGACUCACUGAGACUGUCAUACUAUGGCUCUCAGAGGAUCAAGCCUUCUGGGAAGAGAUUGAACAGGGACCGAAGCCUUUGGGUCCCCUUGGUCUUCAGCAAUUCUACCUGGAUAUGCAAUUUGUAAUCAUCUUUGGACAAGGCCGAUUCCUGUCUAGGCAUGUCCAUCAAGUUAUAUUGGACAUUAUUGAUAGAGCAAUGGCUGCAUUUUCAGCUACUGGAAUGAACCCUGACAGUGUCCUCCCUGGUGACGAUUGGUUCAUGGAUGUUUCUCAGGAGAUUGUCAGCAUGAUUAGUGGAAAGGGUAGAGUUGCCAAUGGAGACAGGGAGAUAAACAGCCCGACUGCCUCAGUUUCAGCACAUUCCAUGUCAUCUUUCAGAUCCCAUGGCAGCUCCUAGUUUGUAAGCUAAACUUUUUGUAGGCAGAUCAUUGUAUAAUAAGCAAUAGUGCAUUCUUUCUCUUUUUGCCUUCUUCCACAUUUCUCUAUUUUUUCCUCGUCAAUUUCUUUUUUUUUUUUUUUGCAUUUAUUCAUUUCCUUCUGUUGUGCUAGUACAGGUGGAUAACUGUUUGACGUAGGAAAAUAUUCUUGAAUCAUUUGCUUCCCUGAGCUAAGGCCUGUAAUGCAAGUGUUGCAUGCUUGCAUGGCCAGUAUAUGUCGCGAGUUUUGUAUCAUUCUUUCAGAAAUUUAUUAUUGUCAUCCGGCACAUGGCGUUCAUGAAUUCAGAAUUUGUUGAUUU